GCGCAUGUCAAGUUGAAAAUUGCAAAUGGCGGCCGUUGUUAUUGUUCGUACCGAAUUAACUAUUUGUAAAUUAUAUACCAAUCUUUUUAGCGAUUUUUCUACUGGACUGAUAUAUUGAUGCGAUACUAUAACUUCUUAAAAUUCAGCACGACGCAUUUUAUGUACGUUUUUAUGUGCUUCGAGUGAUUUUUCGGUAUUUUAUGUGUGUCAUGCAAAUGGGGUAAGCUGGAAUUAUCGGAUGUCGCUUAGGUUGUUUUGGAUAGUUUCAAUAGGAAAAUGGAGUGAAGUUCUGUGACCUAAAGUGUUAAAAUGGAAUCUGUAUAAAGUAUUUUAACUAUCGCGUUACGUUUAAAGUGAAAAAAGAGUCAGGAACGGCUGUAAUUUGCGAAUGUUCCAUGCCGUGACUGCACUCCCCCGUACAUUUCAAAAUGGCUGCUGCUCUUCACGAUGUAUGAGCUUUGCGUCACUGGAACAUAGAUCAGUGGACUCGAUUUGUGUAGCAAUAUCAGUGAUUCUAGUCGUGUGAUUCGUUGUGAAAAAUCGAAAAUAAGCCAAGAAGAAAGCCCCGAACGCAACAGGGGCGGGACAAAAGUGGCGUAUCAUAUGUUUUUGGAGUAGUGGACACUGGCCAUUAAAGACUGAUAUUGCCUAGCGAAGCGAUCGCGCCGGAUAGUAAUGUUGCGCUUAAAUUUCCAGGAUGAUUUUCAUCACAAUGGAAUAGAACUUGUGUGGAAUUGAACGGAAUGUGACAUUGUAUGAGAGCAUGGCAGCGGACAGCGACGGGCUAGGCUCGGCGGGCGGCGGCGCGUGCGGCGUGGUUGUGACUUGCGAGGGAGACCUGCGCGACCCGCGCUUCCCCGCGCGCCUGCGCCGCCUGUUGCGCGAGCUGCGCACCUUGCUCGCCGAGCCGCACCCCAACACACUCAAAGUGAACAAGGUGGAGCCGUGGAACUCGGUGCGCGUGACGCUAUCCGUGCCGCGCGCGGCGGCGGCCCGCCUGCGGGCCCUCGCGGCGGCCGGGGCCCCGCAGCUGCGGGCGCUCGGCAUACUGUCCGUGCAGCUCGACGGCGACCAGGCCGUGUCGCUGCGGCUGCAGCACGGGACCGAGCUGCGGAUCAACACGGAUGAAGAUGCGAGCACCUCCCGCACCCAACCCAACGCCGAGCUGCUAUCGGGCCUCGGCGGCAUCGGCCGGCUCCUGUCCGACGACGGAGCCUCCACCAGCGCCGAACCCCCCCGGGACAACUUCAAGAGUCCCAACACUGUGUGCCCCAUGGACGGGAAACUGCCGCAGAACAUACCUACCCCCACGUCGGAUAGAUGCGAGUUCCCGUUCGGAAGUAUGACGCAAGCUAGGGUCAUACAUCGGAAGGAGAAUACGCUAGGUAUUCCCGGCCCCGCGACCGUCCGCCCGCCGGCGGAGUUCCCCCGCCCCUCGACCUCGUUCGCGGGCCCGCCCCCGCCCUACCCCGCCAAGACCCCGCCCAACGUGGCCAUGUCGUCGCCGCUGCUGGUGAACCUGCUGCAGAACGACGCCGCCGCGCCCGCGCCGAGACCCAAGCUGCCCAAGCCGCACACCGCCAAGCUGGACACUCAGGACGGACAGAUGGAGCUAGCCGUGGGCCGCGCGCCGUUUGAGUACCGCGCGCCGCGGCCGCCUAUGCCCCGGCCGCCGGCCUCGCCCGCGCCGACGCCGGGGCCGCCGGGGCCGGCGGGGCCGACGGGGCCGCCACCGGGGCCGGCGGCCUCCCCGCGGCCCGCGCCGCGCCCGCCGCCGCCGCCGCGCCGCGCAGCGCCGCCGCAGAGGCCGCAGCUGCCACAGCAGCCUGUCUACAGGGCCCCGCUGACGCCGGGCACCGCCGCCGGCGGGCUCCGGCCCCGCUUCCCCUCCCCCGGCUACACGGCGGAGUUCGCGCCGCCGCCGCCCUACAAGCAGUACCCGCGGCCGCGCCUGCAGCCCGUCACCCACGAGGACCUGCAGGCCCUCAUGCCGCCUUCCACCACCUCCAUGGACCAGAAGACGCAGUCCAGCUUCCAGGAGUUCCAACGUUACCAGCAGCAGUACAACGCGCGGCAGCGCGCCGCGUCGGCCGGCGCGCGCGCCUCCGGCCCCGCGGCCGACUGGAACGAGCCCUACCGGGACUCCCUCGCGCUGGCGCUGCCCGACCUGCCCGACAUCGACCUCGACCAGCUGCAGCCGACGCUCGACGUGCUCGACGACUCCGCGCUCGCCUCCAUCUCCGACAACCUGCUGUACGCGGAGUCGCGCGAGCAGCCGACGCCCGACGCCAUCCUGCAGGAGAUCGCCGGCCCCUUCAACGGGCCGUACGAGUCGCCCGCGCCCGCCGUCAACUCCCCGAGCCUCCCGAGCGCCCCUAGCGCCCCCAGCACACCCAGCGCCCCCAGUACUCCGAGCGCCCCCGGCACACCUAGUGCCCCCGGCGCCCCCAGCGCGCCGCCGCCGCCCCCGCCCUGUAAAGACAUGCCCCCGCCCCCGCCGCCCGCGCCCCCCGCCCCCGCCGUCGCGCCCUUCCGCUCCCCGCCCCCGCCCCGCGCCGCGCCCCGCGCCGCCACCGCCACCGUCGGCUCCCAGGCCACCGCCCGCGAGAUCGAGGAGCAGAGCAAGCGGUACCUGAUCAAGACGCUCAUGCGCGACGACGCGGACGUGCCGCCGCCGAAGGAGGACAAGAAGCCCGAGGAGCUGACCGUGGCGCAGUGCAAGCGCGAGGGCGGCGAGCCCGAGAUGUUCGGCAUCGCCAAGACCACGCCCGUCGAGGACGACGCGCGCCCGGACCCGCUCAAGCUCCGCAGGAAGGACCCCCUCGCGCCGAAGGGCGGGAAGCCGCGGACGACCGGCGCCAAGGAGAAGCCGGCCACGCUGAAGGACAAGAUCGUGCGCGAGGUCAAGCCGGCCAAACCCGCACCUCCGCGGCCGAGCCCGACCCCCGAGGCGCCCCGCUCGCCGGGGGAAAAGGAAUCCAUAAAGCUCCGGCUAAAGUUGGAUAAGAACGAGCCGGUGGUCCAGCCCGUGUACAAGGCGGACGUCAGCUUCGCGAACCCCCGCCCCGGCGAGCCGGAGCUGCGCGUCCCCCCCCUCCACAUCUCGCUGCGGGGCCGCAACUCGGCCGUCAUCAAGAACUCCAAGAAGGAGAAGAAGAAGUUCGCCCCGGGGGACCUCCCCAAGAAGCUCAAGAUCAGAAAGAACUCGGAGCCGGACGACAAGCACCGCCGGGACGAGGAGCCCCCCUCGAAGCCGGCCGAGCCCCCCGAGAACUCGAAGGACGAGUACCUCCACGUGAAAAGCCUCAAGCUCAACAACCACUACGAGGGCGACUCGAUAAAGACCGAGAUCCCGGGCGACAACAACGUGGUCUAUCGCAUGAAAACGAUAUCCAAAAACGCCCACAUAGUCACAAAGGACUACAAGCAUCUCAACAACAAAGUCCAGAGCCUGGACAGUCUGAAGAAGAAGAAGUCCAAACUGCUCCCGGACAGCGGGAAAUCCAUGGAGAUAGACCGCGACAAAGAAUGGAAGAACGACAUGCUAGACAAGGAGGGGAAGUACGCCCAGAACGAGGGCUACAGAGAGACGCCGAACCACGAGGCUAAGAAAAAGUUACCCGACAAGGACGCCAAAUGUGAUAGUAAAACGGACAGUAAGGAGCCGGACAGUGAGAGUGUUAGUGGUGCUAGUGAGUUGGAGGGUAGGUUGCUCAAGUGUCAUAAGGAGCGGACGCUCAGUGCGGACGAGAGUGCGGACAAGUGCGAUGACAGUAAGCUCAAACGGACCGUGGAACCCGUCGUGUCGCCCAACGGGCUCAUCACCGAGAAAAAGAGGAAGAUUAGCCAUAGUUCCUGUCCAGAGCCGGUGGGGUCGACCAACGUGGGCACGGUGCGCGUGUCGCCGGGGCGCGCCGCCGCGUCGCCGCCGCGCCGCCGCGAGCGCCCCAAGGACAAGUCCUAUUGCAAGCUGGUCGCCGAGCGCGCGCGACAGGCCUCCGCCGCGCAGGACCGCCAGGACCGCCAGGACGACAAGUUCGUGGCGCGCUCCCCGGGGCAGGCUCAGGGCGAGGACUCGGGCAUCGAGUCCAUGGACGCGCUGUCCGAGAAAUCCCCCAACCAGGCCAGCCAGAGCCCGCCCGGCCCGCAGCGGAAGGAGCGCCUCGACAUGCCCCGCUCCACCUCCCCCACCUCCGUACACCGCAUCAUAGGCGUCCCUCCCCCCGCGUCGGAUGAACUACUCGAGAGGUUAGCGCUGACUGCCCCCCCGAGGUACGAGCCGCCGCCCGAUCUGGAUGACUUGGGCGAUAUAGAGGCGGAGCUGGCCAAAAUGCACGGCGACCACGACCAACCUUCCCCGAAAGUUAACGGCGACGACGCGCCGCGCCGACCCCCUGAUCCACCGCGACCUCCGACCCCGAUCCGCCGCGACCCCGACCCCGAACCCGAGCCGGAGGAAAGCGUGAAAGAGGAGCCUAAGAAAGAGAAGGACGAAUUCGACCCGCUCCCGAGCCGGGUCAGCCCGCCGCUGUAUACGUACUCAAACCAGGAGAAAGGCGCGCCGGAGGAGGUUAAAGAGGAAAAACCUGUAGCAGAAAACGGGGAAGCGUCGGGGGACCACAAGGAACCGGACACAAAAUUGGAGAGGCUGCCCAUGAAAGCCGACUUCCCCGAUAAAAGUCUCCUGGAGCAACUUCUCAUAGAGAUCCCCACUCCGGACUACGUGGCGAAGAGGCCCGAGUCUCCGUCUCCGUCGGCGCUGGAGAGGGUGCCCCGGAGCAGCGUCCGGACGAGGUCCAGCAGCAAGAUGAACAGCCCCGCCGACGGACCCAAAACACCCCGGCUCAGCCCCGGGAUCCCCAAAUUAGAAACGAGGUCCGACUCCCCCGCGCUUCAGAACCGCAACUGCCUUCGAAGCGGCUCAGUGGAUAAAACGAGCCCGAAAACCGUGAAUACCGUCGCGACGGUCCCGGUCAAACCGGCGCCCGGGGCGAAACGGAAGCGGAGGGAGUCCGAAAGCUCCUGCGCGAGCACCAUCAGCUGCGAAGAGGGCCUAUCGCCCGCCGGGAGGCCUAAAAAGAAGCCCCGCCGCGUCGACGGCGUCAAACAACCCGGCGCCGAAAGCCAAAAGGAGGGCCGAAAAAAGGACUCGGACAGCGACAGCGACGAGCCUCUCAUCUGUAAGGUGCGAGGGAAGACGCCCGCUAAAGUGGUGAAAGUGGUGAAGGGGGGGAAGGCGCCGGUGGAGGCGGUGAAGGCGGGGGAGGGGGUGAACACGCGGCGCUCGGGCCGCCAGGCGCCCGGCGCGCCGCUGCCGCCCGGCGCCGGCGCCGGCGCGCCCAACCGCAGGAAAACCAGGAGCGCCGUGGAGGCCGGUCCGUUGGCGGCGGGCGUGCGCCGGCGCCGCACGUCGCGCGACGGCAAGUGA